AUGUUCGUGUUCAAGCGAGACGGUCGCAAGGAGCGUGUUCAAUUCGACAAGAUUACAGCCCGUGUUUCUCGAUUGUGUUAUGGACUUGAUGCCGAACAUGUUGACGCCGCAGCUAUCACCCAGAAGGUCAUCUCUGGUGUCUACCAAGGCGUCACUACUAUUGAACUCGACAAUCUGGCCGCAGAGACUGCUGCGUACAUGACAGUCACUCACCCCGACUAUGCCAUCCUUGCUGCACGAAUUGCAGUAUCCAAUCUCCACAAGCAGACGAAGAAGCAGUUCUCGACUGUUAUCUCAGACCUCUAUCACUAUGUCAACCCGCGGAACAAGAGUGCAUCUCCUAUGAUCAGCCAAGCUACAUACGAGUGUGUCAUGAAGCACGAGGCCGAGCUCAACUCUGCCAUCGUCUACGAUCGGGAUUUCAACUACCAAUACUUCGGAUUCAAGACUCUCGAGAGAUCUUACCUACUCCGCCUCGAUGGCAAGAUUGCUGAGCGUCCACAACAUAUGAUCAUGCGAGUGGCGGUCGGAAUCCACGGAAAUGAUAUCGAGAGUGCCAUAGAGACAUACAACUUGAUGUCUAGCAAAUACUUCACUCACGCCUCCCCCACUCUCUUUGCUGCCGGUACCCCGCAGGCACAACUCUCAUCCUGCUUCCUCAUCGACAUGAAGGAGGAUAGUAUUGACGGCAUCUAUGAUACCCUCAAGACUUGCGCCAUGAUCUCAAAGAAUGCUGGAGGAAUCGGUCUCAAUGUCCACAGAAUCCGUGCCACGGGUGCUUACAUUGCGGGUACGAACGGAAACUCCAAUGGCAUCGUUCCUAUGCUCCGAGUAUUCAACAACACUGCUAGAUACGUUGACCAAGGUGGAAACAAGCGACCUGGUGCCUUUGCCAUCUACCUGGAACCAUGGCACGCCGAUGUUUUCGAAUUCCUUGAUCUCCGAAAGAACCACGGCAAAGAAGAAGUCCGCGCCCGCGAUCUCUUCUACGCUCUGUGGAUUCCAGAUCUCUUCAUGAAGCGUGUCGAGAAGAAUGGAGAGUGGACAUUGAUGUGCCCCAACGAAUGCCCUGGACUUGCUGAUGUCUACGGCGAAGAAUUCGAGGCUCUCUAUGAGCAGUACGAGAAAGAAGGCAAGGGACGUAAGACCAUCAAGGCACAAAAGCUCUGGUACUCCAUCCUCGAAGCCCAGACCGAGACGGGAAACCCUUUCAUGCUGUACAAGGAUGCAUGCAACAGAAAAAGUAAUCAGAAGAACUUGGGUACUAUUCGCAGCUCCAACCUCUGCACGGAGAUUGUCGAGUACUGUGCUCCAGAUGAAGUGGCUGUCUGCAACUUGGCAUCUCUUGCUCUCCCAACCUAUGUCGACCAAGUCAGCGGAAGCUACAACUUUCAGAAGCUGCACGAGGUCUGCCAAGUCGUUGUCAAGAAUUUGAACAAGAUUAUCGACAUCAACUACUACCCAGUUCCCGAGGCACGAAAGAGCAACUUCCGCCACAGACCUAUUGCAGUUGGCGUCCAAGGUCUUGCUGAUGUGUUCCUCGCUCUCCGUCUUCCCUUCGAGUCUCCUGAGGCCAAACAACUCAACCUCCAAAUCUUCGAGACCAUAUACCACGCCGCCUUGACGGGAUCUGUCGAACUGGCGAAGCUGCAUGGUACAUACGAGACAUACGAGGGCUCUCCAGCAUCAAAGGGAGAGCUUCAAUAUGAUAUGUGGAAUGUCACCCCUACAGAUCUAUGGGAUUGGGACUCUCUCAAGCAACAGAUCAAGCAACACGGUCUCCGCAAUAGUCUGCUUGUCGCCCCUAUGCCAACUGCCAGCACCAGUCAGAUUCUCGGCUUCAAUGAGUGCUUCGAGCCCUACACGUCCAACAUCUACUCUCGUCGUGUCUUGGCUGGUGAAUUUCAAGUCGUCAACCCGUGGCUCUUGAAGGAUCUUGUCGAUAUGGGACUCUGGUCAGACAACAUGAAGAACCGUAUUAUUGCUGAUGGAGGAUCUGUCCAGAACAUCCCUAACAUCCCAGCUGAUAUCAAGGCUCUUUAUAAGACUGUUUGGGAGAUCUCGCAGCGUACUAUCGUUCAGAUGGCUGCCGACCGUGGUGCUUACAUUGAUCAGUCACAAUCGAUGAACAUUCACAUGAAGGAUCCAACCAUGGGCAAGAUCACCAGUAUGCAUUUUGCGGGCUGGAAAUUGGGCCUCAAGACCGGCAUGUACUACCUCCGCACAAUGGCUGCUUCAGCUCCUAUCCAGUUCACUGUCGACCAAGAAGCUCUUCUCGUUGCUGAUACCAACGUUGCCCGUGAGCGACUGAGCAAAAAACGACCUUCCACUGGAUUCAUCACGCAAUCCCCCGGUCCUCAGCCAAUGUAUCGCAAGACCGCUCCCAGCAGUGCCCCAAAUGGAGUUCCGACGCCGAUGACAACCCCUCCGACAGCGUCUGAGAACAAGAAAUUCACACCUGCUGCUGUCCUCAAGACUCCUGCCUUCAAAGCAGAUAUACCCGAAGGUGAUAGCCCCAAGUCGCUAGCUACUGAGCCUGCAGCUGCACCCCCAAAGCAGGAGGAACUACCCGAGCCUGCUGUCCCAAUCAAGAAACAAGACGAGGAUCUCAAGGAGGAGAGUGCUGGUAGAGAGAAUGACAUCUAUGCCGAGGCUGCUUUGCAGUGCAGUAUCGAUAACAGAGAUGAGUGCUUGAUGUGUAGUGGUUAG